GCUGCUUGAGAACCACUGUCACAUGUGCAUACUUUUUUCUAAAUUGCCUUGAUCUCUGCUGCUCCUUUUUUUCUCUCCCCUCCAUCCAGCCUGGUCAGGCACCAGCCUCCCGAGCCCUUCCCCCACCCCCGCCCGCACUCCCCACAAACGGCCAAAGGCUCCUUGUGAGGCAAUCCUUCUAUCCUUGGUGCCUUCCUUUACACGAUGAGUGAUGACUUUUUUAUCUCCUGAUGAUGAAACACAGCCUUCAGCUGGAGGCAUUUAAGGCGCAGGACGCACGGUCCAGCCGCGGCUGCAGGACCCAGAGGCCAACCCUGACGGCCCAGGAGAGGAGCCAAGAGCACCACCACCAGCCUCCACGCCUGCCCCACCGCCAAGGAACCAUGCUCCUCGCCACGUUUAAGCUGUGCGCCGGGAGCUCCUACCGACACGUGCGCAACAUGAAGGGGCUGAGGCACCAGGCUGUGCUGGCCAUCGGCCAGGAGCUGAACCGCAGGGCCCCGGGGGGCCCGACCCCAGCUGCCUGGAUUAACCAGGUUCGGCGUCGCGGCUCUCUGCUCGGUUCUCAGCUGGAAGACACUCUCUACAGCAACCAAGAACUGGCCUAUAUCCAGCAGGGAGAGGAGGCCAUGCAGAGGGCCCUAGGCAUCCUCAGUGACCAGGAGGGCUGGAAGAAGGAGAGCCAGCAGGCGAAUGGGGACGAAGUGUUGAGUAAAGUGAUCCCAGACGUGGGCAAGGUGUUCCGGCUGGAGGUGGUAGUGGACCAGCCCGUGGAGAGGCUUUACGAAGAGCUCGUGGAGCACAUGGAGGCCAUGGGCGAGUGGAACCCGAAUGUCAAGGAGAUCAAGGUCCUGCAGAAGAUUGGAAAAGACACAGUCAUCACUCACGAGUUGGCCGCAGAGGCGGCAGGAAACCUUGUGGGGCCCCGAGACUUCGUGAGUGUGCGCUGUACCAAGCGCCGGGGCUCUGUGUGUGUGCUGGCUGGCAUGGCCACACACUACGGGGAGAUGCCCGAGCAGAAGGGCGUCAUCAGAGCUGAGCACGGCCCCACCUGCAUGGUGCUCCAUCCCCUGGCUGGAAGCCCCUCAAAGACCAAACUCACCUGGCUGCUCAACAUUGACCUCAAGGGAUGGCUGCCAAAGACUAUCAUCAACCAGGUCCUCUCGCAGAUCCAGGUGGACUUUGCCAACCACCUGCGCAAGCGCCUGGAGUCCCGCCCUGCUCUGGAAGCCAGGUGUUGAAGACCAGCCUGCUGCUGCCAACGGCUCCCAGCUGAGCGCGCUUGCAGGCUCACGAGGAGGUCUCUGCUGGAAGCCUACAAGUCUGUUAAAGAUCUUCAUCCAGGGACAGGGAUGGGAUGGUGGUGCGUGUCCAGUAUGAUACUAGAACUCAGAUGGGUAACAUUUUAGUACCAAGAAAGUGGGGACAAGGCUCUUUUAACUUCAUUCACUGAUUAGCUGUAAAAUGAAGCACAGGGGUCCCAAAAUAUUUGUAAAAAUAUUUUUCUGGGUCCUUACUUGUCUACCUAGAAACAUCUUUAAAAUGCUACCAGUUAACGAAUGCAGGGUGCAGAGGGUGCAAAAUACCAGGAUUAGGACCGCACGUUUGAUGAGCUCAAGAGCUCCGUUCCCUGUGGGCAAUGUGUGCAGACAGAGCAGGUCUUACA